CGAAAACCAGUCAUUUCUUUUUUCUUCUCAAAAGGGAAGAAACAAAAGAAGAGCAAAACCCCACAGCUGCUUUCAGACUUCAUUGUCUUCCCUUUAAUACCGGCCUGCUGCUGCCCACUUAGUCACUCUUGUUGGUCGUUGCUUCUCGUUGAGAAACCUAGCUCGGUUCGGUUGGAGCCAUCCUAGGACUUCUCGCUUUUUAAUAUGGAGCCGGCGGCGGAGGCUUUGUUGGAGCGCUACCGCCGCGAUCGCCGGAAGCUAUUGGAGUUCCUACUAUCUUCCGGACUUAUCAAAGAGCUCCGAACUCCUUCUGGUUCUACGAAUUCCCUCUCCGGCGUCGAUUUAGACUCUCUCAGCGCCGAUUACGUCCUCCAAUGCCUCCAGUCAGGCGGUGUUAUUGAUGUUGCUGAAGCCUCUAAGAAGUACACCGAGGAAUCUGCUUAUCCUGUCAUGAUUGAUUCAAGAAGGGGAAGCUCAUUUUACCUAGUUGCUGAUCCAGAUUUAGUUGGAUCUCCUCCUACGCGAACACCUCCUCCGAAAAGUUUCAGACAGACUCCUGAUGUCUCACGCGCAUCUCGUCGCUCGAGUGCCUCACAUACUGACGCGACAACUUCUGGAAAUGAAUGUAGUUCUACAUUUAAAAUUGCAGAACCUGAUGCUCCUGUUAGUCCUUCAAGAGUUCUGGACAUUCCUCAACUUGGAUUACCUAGUUUGAGAACAGGUACGGUUUGGGAAUGCGCAUUUCUACAUAAAUUACUGGUACAUAACCUCAGGAUUUUUGAAGGAUUAUCUGACGAUGACUUGAGGGAAGCAGCCUAUGAGUUACUGCUUGCAUCCAUGUUUCUUUCUGGGAUUGAAACACAUCCAGUUGAUGAUAGAAAAAGAGAGAAGAGUUCCAAGUUUUUGUCUGGACUAAAGAACAAGAGGGACAAGAUGCAGACACAAUCUCAAUCUUUCUCGAGGCAUGCAACUGUCAUGGACAUUGCCCGCACUCAAAUGCAGGCAAGCCACAAUACCUCAUCCUUCCCAUUUACAAUUUCAGAAACCAUGGAUGCAUGUGUCAGGCGAAACUUGCGGCAGUUGUCAGUGAGAAUGGCACGGAGAGAAAUGGAUCUUCCUCAUAUAGUGUUGGGCCUUUUGAAUGGAAUAUUCAAGUCUGAUUUCACUCAUGAAAAAUCUUAUCGGCAGUGGAAAAAUAGGCAGGCAAAUAUACUUGAGGAGCUUCUGUGUACGUCCAAAGAUCCAACUAUCAAAAGUCACAUUGCGAAGAUUAAAGACACUGAGGAGUGGGACAUUGUGAUGUCUCCUUCUGAACGUGUAGCAGUUCUAGCGUCUCUUAGACAGGUGGCUCUUAGAUUGUCUUCUUCGGCUGUUCAAUUUGGCGUGCAAGGUGAAACCUUUUAUUGGACUGCUGGUUAUCACUUGAACAUCCGGAUUUAUCAGAAAUUGUUGCUUGGUUUGUUUGAUGUUCUUGAGGAAGGUCAGCUCAUAGAGGAAGUUGACGAAUUGCUGCCGUUUAUAAAAUCGACAUGGUCUACUUUAGGCAUCACUCAAAGAAUACACAAUGCUCUCUACUGUUGGACCCUUUUUCAGCAGUUUGUUAGUACGGGGAACGCCUUGCUGCUAGAGAACGUGGUUGUUGAGUUGCAGAAAGUUAUAUCUGCCGAAGGGGAAAAUGAGUUGGAACUACAAUAUAUUAAUAGCCUAGCAUGUUCAAGAAGACACAACGGGAGCAAAAUGAAGCUGAAUCUGGUGUUAGAUGUUGUUUUCUCAAUUAGCAUUUGCUGUGACAGCAAACUGAAAGAUUAUCAUCUGAAUUUCAGCCAGCAACCAUCUAGCUUCAGAUUCAUGGUGAACUUGUUGUCAAUGGUUGGAGUUCCAACUUGUAAAGAUAGUGGUGAACUUAAGUUGAUAAAACUGAGUGCUUCGAAUGAUUAUGCUGCUAGAAAAUUGAAGUCUUACGUCAAAGGGUCAACUGAAGCUGCAUGCAGGCGGGUAGCAAGCAAGAUAUAUGUUGAAUCUAAAUCAGAGAAGAGACAUCCUUUAGCUCUCCUAGCUGAUGGACUGAAGUCAAUUGCCGAGAAAGAGUCCAAAGUCUUUUCUCCAGUUCUCAGUCAAUGGUGUCCUGAAGCCCUGAUGAUCUCAGUAUCGUCGUUGCACCAAUUAUUUGGAGAACAAUUGAAACCUUUCCUGGUGGGAGUUUCAUCUAUUUCUGAAAACAUUAGAUCAGUGCUUGCUGCUGCCAACCAACUAGAUUAUUACCUAACUCAGCUGUAUAAAUCUGCGUCCAAAGCAAAUACUUCGAUUCGAUUCUCGAUCCAAGAUUUGGAGCAUUAUCAGAUUGCAGAAGUUUCUAAACCCUUCAUUAUUGACUGGGUGAUCUCUCAGCAUGAUCACAUUUUGGAAUGGACUGGUCGUGCUUUUGAUCUUGAGGACUGGGAACCUUUGUCCUUGCAGAAGAGGCAAGCGGCAUCGAUAGUUGAAGUCUUUAGAAUAAUAGAGGAGGCUGUGGAUCAAUUCUUUGGGUUCAAUCUCCCUCUUGAUAUUACACAUCUGCAGGCACUGCUGUCUAUAAUUUUUCACAGCCUGGAUUCCUAUCUGCAGAAACUGCUGAGUCAGUUAGUUCCGAAGAAUCAUCUAUAUCCCCCCAUUCCUCCGUUAACUCGCUAUACAGAAUCUGUUAUGCCAGUGAUCAAGAAAAAAUUGUCAGAGUGUACUCUUGUGGAUGACAACUUGGGCUGCAACUUGAAUGGAUUGACAACUCCAAAGCUCUGUGUGAGGUUAAACACUCUCCAAUAUAUUCAGAAGCAAACCGGAGUACUGGAAGAUGGAAUUAGAAAGUCUUGGGCAGCUGUGAGCCCAUCUAAAAGCCAUGACGAAGAAGAACCCCUGGAAGAGAAUGGUUCAAAUGAAGCGCUGGACGCACUAUUUAGCACCACCCUAAAAAUCAUCUGUGACACUGCAACUGAUGGCAUCAAAAAAUUUUGUGAAUUUUCUGGUGCCAGAGUAAUCUUUUGGGAUCUCAGAGAGAGAUUCUUGUUUGGUUUAUACCAUGGUGAUGUUGGAUCUUCUCGCUUGGAAAGUUUCCUUCCUCAAAUAGAUAAUGUAAGACUGUCAACUGCAGUGGACCCUCCUCUUUGUUUGUCUUGCUUCUUCGGGACUUCAAAUGCCAUACUUUCGCUUCUCUUAGCUGAACUUGUACUAUUUUUCAGGUUCUUGAUGAGAUAUGCCGAUUGAUUGAUGAUAAACUCAGAGACUCGGUGGUGUUAAGCGUUUGCCGAGCAUCGUUGGUAGGUCUUUAAACUGUCUUUUGUACUUUGAAUUUGCAAACCUUCCAGUAUAGCUUGUAUGUAAUUUGUACACAUUAUCCUGCUACAGGAGGGAUAUGUUUGGGUGUUGCUUAAUGGAGGCCCCUCUCGUGCAUUCUCUGAUUCAGAUGUCGUUAUGAUGGAAGAAGACUUCAAUAUCUUGAAGGAAUUCUUUAUAGCCAGUGGAGAUGGCCUCCCUCGUUCGGUGGUGGAGCGAGAAGCAAAAUACGCAGAACAGAUAGUCAACUUGUUCUCCCUUCAGACAGAGGACGUGAUACAAAUGUUGAUGAAUGCUAGUGAACACAUCUCGCUAAGGUCAGAUGUACAUUAUAAACAACCGAAUCAUAAUCACACGUCUUUGGAUGCUCAAACUCUGGUUCGAGUCUUGUGCCACAAGAAAGACAGGGAGGCCUCUAAGUUUUUGAAGAGGCAAUAUGAACUUCCCAUGUCUUCAGAUUAUGAUGAAGCAUCAUCAUCAGCACAGGAGCCAGCUACCAAGUCACCUCUUAUAACGGAUAUCCUGAAGAGGAGUGCAUCAUUGCGCAGUGCCUCAAUGCGUUGGGGCGAGAAGGCCUCGCUUGGCUGGGGAGAUAAAGGCUCUAGCAGCUUCAGAUCACUGAAGCAAAGGUUUCAUGAUGCAACUAGUGAAAUUAGUUACAUGAGACGGUAAAACAUGGCAGGAAAACCCGCGGUGAAUGGUGAUCCUAAGACGAACAUGUCUUGGAGUGGGUAAUGUCUGAUUUUGGUUCAGAACCGGCCUGAAUAAGUAUUAGGAAUCAAUUGAAGAUGAAGGUAAACGAGGACCAGAAUUAGGAGGAGAACACACUUAUUCGGUCCAUUUUUCCUUUGUUUUAAUAGGCGACAUGGAAGUGAAAACAAUAGAAGCGAGUGUUUUGAUUGCCUUUCUACACACUAACGAGGGCCUCGAAUUCACACCGAGGUUGCACUGCACGUUGAAAAGGUGCAAGUUCUGCCAAUUAACGUGUUACUGCACAAUGCACCUAAUACCUUUGCCAUGUGUUUCACGUUGCAGUUUAACUCGUACAGGGUAGAGUUGGUGUAAUCGACUGUGAAGCUAGUUUGAAACACGAUUCAGUAGCAUCUUAGAAAUGGGUUGUUGCUUCACGGAGGU